UAUAGUUAUUGCGGCGGGGCGAGGGAGCCGUACACGCGGUGGUGGUGAGGCCUGCUGCUGCUCCAGCUGCUGCUCCUGCUGCUGCUGGCUGCUGCCACCCCUCUACCUGCUGCUCCUGCUGCUGGUUGCUGGGAGUCUCUACCAUCAUGUCUAUGCUGGCUGAACCACGCAGGAAGCAGAGGUGGUCCCUCAACCCCAGGGGAUCACUCUGGGCCAACGAUGACCAAAAGUUUGGUCAGAAGUUGAUGGAGAAGAUGGGCUGGUCAAAAGGCAAAGGUCUGGGACGAGAAGAGCAAGGGCAUACAGAGCACAUUUCUGUCAGGUGUAAAGACGACAACAAAGGUCUUGGGUACAAGGGGAAAGAUGAUGAGUGGAUUAAACACUACGAAGGCUUCGAAAAUGUCUUGGCCAUGCUCAAUAGCGAGCAUAACAGUGCUGCUAAUUCCAAGACUAACUCGGCUAGCAACAGUUCUGCCGUCAGUGAUGAAGAAACGGAAGAGAAGGAUGUGAAAUCCUUGGAAGCUCGAUCAAAAGUUUCUCGAGCUAGAGUUCACUACCACAAGUUUACGAGAGGUAAAGACCUAAGUCGCUACAAUGACGAUGACAUUGCCUGCAUUCUGGGCUCUAAGAGGGCAAAAAUAGCCAAAGCAAAGUCUAUUGAAGAAUCCACUUCCAUCGUUGAUGAGAUUGGGCAUGUAGAUAAACUUAAUGGUGUUACUACCAUUAAGGGUUGCAGUGUCCAGGAUUACUUUGCAAAGAAAAUGGCUGCACUAAAAAGAAAAACAGUUGCAAAUACCUCAGCCAUGGAGACAAACACUUGUACAGAGGAGAAAGAGGAUUUUGAAGCAAGAGCUGAAGAUGGAUUUGAUCUGCAUACUGAGAAUGAAGAAGUCAAUCCUAAUAGUUCUGUAAAUUACAUUGAAAGAAAUGCAGAAGAUACAGAAAGUAAAAUAGGAAGAGGAACUCUGGAAGUAGAAGAAAAUAAAGAAAAUCCAAAAAAGAAGAAGAAGAGAAAGAAGGAACGAGAGGGCCUGGAGCAGUGUGUUGUAGGUACUGAAGAGACAUUUGGAAAGAAUAAGGAAUUACAGGAAAGUAUAGAAGGUGAAAAGAGGAAAAGAAAAAAGAAAAAGAAAGGCAAAGGUGAGAAUAAUGAGAGCUGUGAGAGUUUGGAUUCUCCCGCAGAAGUUAAUACAGAAAAGAAAAGCAAAAAGAAAAAGAAAAUUUUAAUUGAAGAUGAACUUGAUGCUGAGUAUUCAAAAUUAGUAGAAAUGAAAGAAAUCUGUGAAUCACACUUGAAGAAGAAAAAGAAAAAGAAGAGAGAUCCAACAUUAGGAGAUAAUAUUCAUACACUUAAUGAAGAAGAAUCUGUUUUAGAAUUUGUAGAACAGUCUAGUCAUCCAGAUAAAGUCAAGAAAAAGAGGAAAAGGGAGUCUAGUGAAUGUGCCAAUAAGGACAGCAUGGACCCAGAUGGAAAACCAAAGAAUAGAAAUAAAAAAACACAAGGUAGUCUCUUGCAGGAUAAAGUCAACAGUGAAAUGUGUCAUGAAGAUAUUGACAACCAGCAUUCAGAUAAUCCAAAGAAAAAGAAGAAAAAGAACAGGAAACAGACAAAUGAAGAAGGAGAUUAUUUUGCACAGAAAAUGGCAGCUUCAAAGAAUAAAGUGUUGCCAGAACUGCCAGCUGAAGAAAAUGUGGAAGAGAACAAGCCAGUGGUGAGAAAGACACUAGGAAUUAAUGUUUGUAUUAAUAGUUCAAAUGAGGAAGAGGAAACACACAACAGGGAUCAUAAAACAUUCAGAACUAAAAAAGGAAGUAAAAGAAAACACGAGUCAUCCUUAGAAGAUAAAGUGGAGGUAGAAGAAUGUUGCCAAAAGAAACAAAGACAAGAAUUAAGUAGUGAAAAAGAAAGCCUGUCACCUAAAUUGAAGUAUAAGAAAAUCAAUAAUUCUUUUGAUAGAGGAAAUGUUGAAGAUGUAAGUAUGAUUAGAAACAACACUAUUACGCAUGAAGAUGAGUGUUAUAUAAAACAUGGAAAAAAGAAAAAAAAAUAUAAGAAUUACACAGAUGAAGUUGUUUCACAGGAAAGUGAUAUAGAAGAAACUGUGGCAGGUAACAAAAAGAAAAGAAAGAAAGCAAAAUUGUUAGAGAAUGAAGGUUGUCAGUUUCCAGAGAGGGACAAUAUUGAACAAUUGGAAAAGUCUGUUAAAAAAAGGAAAAAGAAAUUAAGUUGCAGAGACCAAAGUGAGAAACAGGAAAUAAAUCAAACAAGCAUAUUUAUAAGCGAUGCAGCUAAUGCAGAAAGUCAUGGAAGGAAAAAGAAGAAAAAGAGAGAGAAUAUACCUGAACAAAGUGAAGGUAACAUAGAAGUAACAAAUUACAAAGAUGGGAAUAUACCAAAUGAUUUACACCAGAUACAAAUAAAUGACAAAGAAAAAGGAAAAAUAAAUAACAAGGAAGAACAGGAUAAGGAAAAGAAAGAGCAAGUAAGUUUGGAAGAUGUAGAAACAGAGCCUAAGAAGCAGAAUGAAAAUUCACACUUACUUUGUAAUCAGUUUACAGCUAAUUUUAACGACAAGAAAAAUAAAAUUUGGCUAGAUCUUGAUGUUAUAAAAUUUUCAGAAUCUAGCAUUUACCCAGAGGCCCGUGAAUCGCUAGAAAUUCGUAGUAAACGUAGAAGCAAAAAUAAUCUUGAAAUAAUGAAUAAAGUUAUUGGUAUACAUAAACUCUUUAGGAAAAAUCCGGAUAGAUUUGUAGAAGAUUUAGGUCCUGGUAUUGAUGAAAAUAGACUUAGUGAUAGUAGUAGUAUCAUGAACUCUAAAACAAAAACUACACGACUGGAUUUGGUAGAUAGAGAGAGAACAGUUGCGAACCCUGACAGUAAAGCAGAGAAGGAAGGGUACAUCACUCACAGCUGGCAGAGUGACUUGAAAUGUCUUGAAGGUGAUCAGGAAUAUGUGGAAGAUAGAGUAACCAAUAAACAAUAUGAAUUAGCAUCCUCAAAUAUAGAUUAUGUUAAUGUAGAGAAGGUCAAAAGCAAAUGUGACAGUAGGAAUGGUACAUCCAUAGAUAUUGAAUUUAAAUCAGCUCUAAAGGAAAAUGAUGUAAACAGUAAUUAUGAGGGGAAGUUUUGCAGUAACUUAAAGAAAGAUUCAAUAAUAAUGGCCAAAAGUAAAUUAAAAACUAAAGAAAUACUUGCAGUUGCUGAAGCUUUUAAGGGAGCUAAUCUGUUGGAUUGUAGAGGUUAUGAAACUAAAGCAAGACAGGAAGCCUUGGAAGAUGUAGUACCAGAAGGACAAUUAAAAAAUUGCUACUUAAAGCCUAAAAAGAAAGAAUUCAUUAAGGAUUCACAUUUAUUAUCUAGCAAAAAUAUUAGCCCUGAAGAGAAAAAAAACUGGUUAUCUGACAAUGUAAUGAAUUUAGCUGAAUCAAGGGUGUGUCCAGGAAGAAAGUCUAAAAUACUUGUGGGAGUUGGUGCUCAUGCUUUUAAGGGAGCUAAUCUGUGGCAAUGUAAAGGUUACGAAACUAAAGCAACAAAGGAAACCUUGGGAGAUGUAGAGCCAGAAAGGGAUUUAAAGCACAACCUAAAGCCUAAAAAGAGAGAGUUCACAAAGAAUAAGAAAAAUAAAAAUCAGUUAAUUAAAAAUGUUACGACAUUAUCAGAAUCGAGAGCAUGUCCGGAAAAUAAUGACCCUUCGGAAAGAUGCAAAAAACAAAGCCAAAAUAUUAGUGAUUUAAAUAGCAAGCUCAGCAUCAUCAAUAAAAUGUUCAGGAAAAAGCUUGAUGAUUUAGCUAAUGACAUAAGCAAUAAAAAUAUCAGCCAUGAAAAUAAUUUCAUGGGUUCUGAAACUAAAAGUACACCUCUAGAUUGUAUAGAAAAAAAUAAGAAAGUUGUGUACUUUAAGAGUACGUCAGAUAGAGGAGAGAGUCGUGCAGACAGCUGCUGGGAGAGUGGAAUGGCUCCUCAAGUUCAUAAAGUUGACCAGGUUAAUGUUGCAGCUAAAGACACUAUAAAGCAUGAAUCAGGUUCCCUAAAUACUAAUUACGUUACUAAGAAGAAGGUCAGAAGUAAAUGCGAUACUAGGAUUCAAAAUGAUGGAAAUAAAAAACAGUUCAUGAACAGUGAUUACGAAUCUUGUACGAAUGUACGUGGCAUGAACAGAACUCGUGUGGGGAAGUUUCGUAGUGGCAAGGGAAAAAAUAAACACGUGUCUAAAAACUAUUUAAGUAAUAAUGAAAUACUUUCAGGUGCUCAAGCUUUUAAGGGAGCCAAUCUGUGGCAAUUCAGGGGUUAUGAUAUUUAAAAAAAGAAAAGAAAAUUAUCCUUUUGGACUAGGGCUAGACAAGUUUCAAUAGUUAAAUUAUUUGUAGAAAGAGUUUGCAGAAUUCAUUUCCGGUCUCACAGUAUAAAUCAGAUAUACUGUACUGUAUUUGCAAUUAUUACAGUUCAAAUUAAAUAAAGUUGUCAUUAAUUUAUUACAAGGUAAAGAGAAAAUUACAGUAGGUUAAAAAUUUAUUUAGUGGUAAAUUAAAUAAUUU